ACUGUCGCCGCCAAAAUAUCUGACGUCCAUACGCGUAACCGUCGUCGAUCAGGAUCAGGGUAGAGAUUCAUUCGCCGUUUGGUAUUCCGCGGAGGAAGUCCUUCCGUUCGUAUUCGAGAAUAGUUUCAGCAAAGUACCGAGAAAUAUGUCUGGACGCGGCAAGGGUGGAAAGACCAAGGGAAAGGCGAAGACUCGCAGUAGUAGGGCAGGGCUGCAGUUCCCAGUCGGAAGAAUCCAUCGUCUUCUUAGAAAAGGAAAUUACGCAGAACGUGUGGGAGCUGGCGCACCGGUCUACUUAGCUGCCGUAAUGGAAUAUUUGGCAGCUGAAGUACUUGAGUUAGCCGGGAACGCUGCAAGAGACAACAAGAAAACGAGGAUAAUUCCCCGUCAUUUGCAGUUGGCUAUUCGUAAUGAUGAAGAGUUAAACAAAUUGCUCUCAGGUGUAACUAUUGCUCAAGGUGGUGUACUACCUAAUAUCCAAGCGGUUCUCUUGCCAAAGAAGACUGGUACUGGUGGAUCUGGAAAGGGAGACAAAGCAUCCCAGGAAUAUUAGAAUAACCUUUCUAACUUAACAGUACUUUAGGGCUAUAUCCUUAAUUCUUUGAUCUUAAAGAAACAAAUAUUUAGAAUGUACAAGAAUCACAAUCAUUAUUCCAACCACACACAUUGUAGCAUUAUUCAAGUUAACAAUGCGAUCUGCUGGUUCAUUAUUGAAUAACAUCUUCCAUUUGCGUAAUGUAAUAGUCUUUUUUGCUUAAGAUAAAUAUUUCCUGUACCUA